CUCAUCAGGAUGGAGACAGUAACAGAGUCCAGUCAGUGCUGAGCUGCUGCUGCUGUUAGUGGGAGAAGUUGUGCAACCAGUAAAACCACCUCGGACAGAGAGAGAGGAGUUGGAGACGGUAAAGAAGAAACGUCACAUGAGAUUCCCGGAACUCUGAAAACUUCUCCGGUUUUUCUUUACAAGGACGUUUGUAAACGUUUUUCCACCGACGACGAGCUGCUCUGGAGAGGAAAACCUCGCCCUUCAUGUCGUUUGAUUUACUCGGGACGCUGCUGGACGUCUGCAAACAGCCUUUAGGCCCCACGUGGGGGUGUAACCCCCAGCCAAUAACAGCACGCAGGGUGUGCAGCCCGUUCAGAAGCAGAGUUGGUGCUGAGUGUCAUUAUGAGAUGUCGUCUCCAAGCGCCUCCUUCGUGCAAAUCAAGUUCGAUGACGUCCUCUUCUUCGAGAACUGUGGCGACGGCAGCUUCGGGAGUGUGUACCGAGCCAGGUGGAUCUCCCAGGACAAAGAGGUGGCGGUGAAGAAACUGCUCAAGAUUGAAAACGAGGCUGAAAUCCUCAGUGUCCUCAGCCACCGUAACAUCAUCCAGUUUUACGGCGCCAUUGUUGAGGCUCCCAACUAUGGAAUUGUCACCGAGUAUGCAAGCGGUGGAGCGUUGUAUGAUUACCUGUCCAGCGCUGAGAGUGAGGAAAUGGACAUGGGGCAGAUCAUGAGAUGGGCUGCAGAGAUCGCCAGAGGAAUGCACUAUUUACAUUCAGAGGCCCCCGUCAAGGUGAUCCACAGAGACCUAAAGUCCAGGAAUGUUGUUGUGGCAGCAGACAAAGUUCUCAAGAUCUGUGAUUUUGGGGCAUCCAAGUUCCUGACCCACACAACGCACAUGUCCUUGGUGGGCACGUUUCCCUGGAUGGCUCCGGAGGUGAUCCAGAGUCUGCCUGUGUCUGAACAGUGUGACACUUUCUCCUACGGUGUGGUGCUUUGGGAAAUGCUCACCCGUGAGAUUCCUUUCAAAGGCCUGGAAGGUUUACAAGUGGCCUGGCUCGUGGUGGAGAAAAACGAGAGGUUAACCAUCCCGAGUGGCUGUCCUGCCAGCUUUGCUGAGCUCAUGAGGAACUGCUGGGCAACAGAGCCAAAAGAAAGGCCAAUGUUCAAGCAGAUCCUCUCUACUCUGGAGUCCAUGUCUAACGACAGCCAACUUCCUCAACAGUGCAACUCUUUCCUUCACAACAAGGCUGAAUGGAGGUAUGAGAUUGAAGCAACACUUGAGAGACUUAAGAAGCUGGAGAGAGACCUGAGUACCAAAGAGCAGGAGCUGAAGGAGCGAGAGCGCCGCCUAAAGAUGUGGGAGCGCAAACUCAUCGACCAGUCCAACACCCCGCUCCUCUUACCUGUGGCAAAAAAGAUAAGCGCUAAGUCGUUCUAUCGGUCUAAGACGGAGGAAUCAAACAGUUCACAGAUGUCAUGUCAGAUCACAACCUCUGGUAACAAGGAGGUGAAUCUGCAGUCCGUGAUGAAGGGCUUUGAGGACAUGUUUUCCUUGGACUUUGGCCGGCCCGUCCUGCACUCGGGCAUGCAGGUCAACAUGCAGGCCAGGCAGAACUCCUCCGUGUCGAGCUGUGUCAGAGAAGGACACAAAAUCAACACGACUCUGGGGAAGGGACGCUUCACUUGGUCUGACGACAGUGAAUAAAGCUCUCCAACGCUCUGUGUCGCCACAGCUGCAUCUGUCAAAUACUGUAAUCUCACUUAAUGCAUUAUUGGUGUUGUGGAAGCUCUAUUUCAUAAUGAAUUGCUUGUUAAGUCAUGAUUAUUUUGAUAAUUUCAAUAAUCAUGAGAAACACCAGAAACAUAUCUUGGCUUCCUGUUUCUUCUGCUUUCAAGUUGUAUUAAGAAAUGUAGCACCGAGAUAUUAUAGAAUAUAUUUGUAGCCCUCCACCUAUGGAUAUUAUGGAUGUCAUUUACCGUAUGCCUAAUGUACUGGAUGUAUAGUGCCAUGCUGUGAAGAAAGAGCCACACGAGCCAGUUGCUUAGAGAAGGCCAGGCUUUUAUGAUGAAGUGACAUUUUGCUGACAUUAAGAUUGGCCAAUUUGUUCUGGAUGUGGUGGAGUGCAGUUGUUGAGACGCAGUCUCUUACCAGGAUGAGAAAGUACAUGUUUUUUCCUCUGACUGACCCGGGUUCAAAACAGCAGGAUAGGGACUUUGCUGUGUGACUGUCAGCUUCAUUCUCUCAUUUUACGUUUUACUUUUCAAGACAGGCUUCUUGCUUAGGCCUGACAAGAUUUUAAAAAUUAAGAAAUAAUGAAUAAUAACAAUUAGGAUUGGAUAUGGAUUUUUUUCAGCCGAUACUGAUAACCAUUAAUUACCUGCUUCUGUAAACCGAUACCAAUAAGAUCAUUUUACAUUUUUGUAUUUUAAAGUGAAGUUCAUAACCGGUAGUUAAUGCACACCUGAGGGUAAGAACAGCUAAGAUAUAGUGAGCAAAGAUGGAUGAUUUAAUAUUCCAUAGCUCUGACCUAACCAAAUCUUACUGACAUCACUAUUUUUAACACAACAAAAACAAAGAACAGUUCUUCUUCUUCAUUUCUUCAUUUCUAGUAAAAUGCAUCAAAAACAAUUGUAUUGCAAAUUGCAAAUUGUGUUGACUUCCUCUGAAACACAUCCACACCAGCAACGACAUGUUUGGCUGCACUUGUUCUUCUUCUUUUCUGUGUUUAUUGGCGGAUCGCAAAACCAACUUUAAAAGUACAUACCUCCACCUACUGUAGAUAGCGCUUGUUAAAGGAGCAGUGUCUAGGAUCUGGCGGUAUCUAGCGGUGAGGUUGCAGAUUGCAACCAACUGAAACUUCUCCCGUGUGCCAAGCGUGUAGGAGAACUGUGGUGGUCGACGCAAAAACGCUAAUGGCCCUCUCUAAAGUCAGUUGUUGUAAAAGUACCGUAGGUCAUUUGGAGCAGAGCCAGUGUGUAGAGUGUAGGCCUAUGUGUACGCGGGAAGUGAGUGAUGAAGCAAGAGAGAGAGAGUGGCGGUGACGGCAGUGAGUAACGUUAUGGACUCCGGCCCAAGCAAGAAAAGUUAACAGAGUUUGGUUUGUCCGUUCUGGGCUACUGUAGAAACACGGCGGAGUCCAUGGAGAGCUGACCUGCUCCCUACGUAGAUAUAAACAGCUUAAGGUAACGAAAACAAAACGAUUCUUAUUAUCAUCUGAUUAUACAGUAAAAGAAAACAUACUUAUUAUAUUAUAUUCCAUUUCUGCCAAUAGAUCCCCCUAAAUGUUACACACUGGUCCUUUAAGUUAAUGAAAGCAAUUAUGCUUCGUAUUAUCAGCUGAUAAUUUAUCGACUCUAAUUUCCUUAUGGGAAUAAUACAUAAUAAUAUAAAUAAUUUCCCAUUAUCGACCGAUAAUUUAUUGGACCGGAUAUAUAUCCUGCAUCCCUAAAAGGUUAAAAGGCCUCAAUCAGAAUUCACAGAUUUGACCAAACAUAGAUUUUUACCCACAGGAUCACACCAUACGGUCCAACUGAAUAUUAGCCUCAAGACCUGCACUUUACAGUAGAGAAAAUCGUAUUAGCAUUAGUGUUCAGUUAGGUAUUAGGCUUCAUCUGGGGGAAGGACAUGCUUCCUUGAGCGUAGCACAUUAAAUUGUCCCCUUGGCUUGUUAUCAUCAGUCAGUCUCAUGAGGACGUAAUCCUCUGUAUUCCUGUGUUGUUGCUUGUUAGCAUCCUGCCAUGAGCUAAUAUUCAAACAUCGCCAUCAAGCCCUAUACACACACUAGACUAGACAAUUAACACAGGCUCUUACCAAUAUUUACAUUUCCCUGUGUGAAAUGCAGACACUUCAUAAACAUCCAGCCUCCACACUUAAAGCUUUCACCAAAAUCAUAUACAACCAGCAGCUUCUUGAUGUGACUUAUUUCCCUGGAUCCUUCACUGUUUUCUUAAUAAAUCUUUCAACUCUCUGCUGA